AUGUUGUUAGGAAAGAGGCCGCGUCCACCAAUGAAGAGGACUACAAGCAGGACGGAGUUCAACUUGGAAAUCGACGGCGCCACCAAGUUUGGUGAAGGUACAACAGCUAAUUAUCAGCCGUUUUAUCCUCACAACCCAUUUUAUAGUGGAGAUUUAGAUCAGAGGUCCGCCGCCGCCUCUGCUGUGUCUCCUCGACCCCUCCGCCGCAACUCAGAAGAUUUUAUUGAAACUGCUCAUUUCUUGAGGGCUUGUUCGCUCUGUAAACACCGUUUGAUUCCUGGUCGAGACAUCUACAUGUAUAGAGGAGAUAGUGCUUUUUGCAGUUCAGAGUGUAGACAACAACAGAUGACUCAGGAUGAGAGAAAAGAGAAGUGUUCAAUGGUAUCGAAGAAGGAUGCUGCAAGCACUGCCACCGGUGGCGAGACCGUGGCCGCCGUCUAG